AUGACAAAACAUCAGAACAAAGGACAAAGAAUAAAUAGUAUGUCAUUGGAAGAAAUUGGUAAUAUAACAAUGAGGAAAUUUGUGAAGGUGAAAAUCAGAAAUACAAGUGUUAAAAUGCAGUUGGACACUGGAAGUGACAUCACCAUUAUAAAAUUCAUGGUAGAACAUGUAACUACUGCUCCAAACUAUUCCAGAUCUAACAGACAGGCAGAAUGCUUUGUCGAUACCUUCAAGAGAGCCCUUAGGAAAUCAAUUAAGGAAGUCACAGAUGUAGUAGCUCUACAACAAUUUCUAAGAGUGUACCAUGUGAUACCAAAUCUGAAUGCACCAGCAGGUAGAUCAACAAUGGCGUUAAUGUUUGCAAGGAAAGUAAAAUCAGUCUUUGAUAAAUUGCUCCCUGGCAAGAAGACAAAAAUUGCCAGGGAAGACAUAGCAAAACUCUUUAAAGUUGGUGAAAAGGUGUAUAUGAAGGCAUACAAGAAUGGAAAGCAAAGUUGGGAAGAAGGCAUAAUUACCAAAUGCAUAAGUAAAAUGAUAUAA